CUGGUAGCGAUGCACGAUCCGAUGCAGGCUUUCGGCGCGGGGACUUGGUGGCUUUUGGGGGCUUGAUUCUCAGCAAAUACAGUCCCAGACCUCCAGAUUCCAGUCUCCAGUCCCCCGAGUUCCGCACCUCUCCAUGUGCUUUCACCACUAGUACCGGCCCUGUUGCGCUGUAACGUUUUGCCUGCUCCAUGGCGGGCGACGAAAUGCCCAACUUGAAGGUGUGGGGUGACCUUCAAGUCCGCUUACCUUAUGCACGUUCCGUUAGUAGAUUAUGAAGCCUUGCGGAUGAGGCCCUCCGUCGGACUCCACGUCCUCAGCCAUUUAAAAGUAUUGCUUCCCACCUCUGAAUACUUUCCCAGGCCGGAGUUGAUGUCUAUACUUUCUACAGAAGAACCUGUCAGCAUUGCUUGUCUAUCCGUCAAUCCGAGCUCUCCCAUCCGACAUGAACGGCAACACAUCGUCAGGCGCUUCGCGCUUCGAUCCCACCUUUACUCAGCGCGUCAUUGACGCCAUGGGGCCCAACACUUCACCGCGGAUGCGCGAAGUGAUGACCGCCUUAAUCAGACACCUACACGACUUCGCUCGAGAGAUCGAGUUAACAGUGGAUGAAUGGAUGGAGGGGGUAAAACUGAUCAACUGGGCCGGGCAGAUGAGCGAUGACAAGAGGAACGAAGGUCAACUUGUGUGUGAUGUGGUCGGUCUGGAAUCGCUUGUGGAUGAGAUUACCUAUAAGAAAGCUUCAGAAGCCACCGACCUGGCCACGCAGAGCGCGAUCCUGGGCCCCUUUUACAGAACAGACCAUCCAAUCCGAAAGAACGGCGAGACGAUUUCAUUCAAUCCCCCAGACGACGCCGAACCUGUAUAUAUGUAUGGCCAGGUAUUCGAUGCGGUCAGCAAGAAGCCUUUGGCCAAUGCAGCUAUCGAUGUGUGGGAGUGUUCCACCAACGGCUUGUAUGAACAGCAAGAUCCAAAUCAGGUCGAUAGGAACCUACGCGGCAGGUUUAUCACGGACGAGGAGGGGAGAUACGCUUUCUACUGCAUCAGACCUACACCAUACCCGGUGCCAUUUGACGGCCCGGCUGGCAAGUUACUGCAGCUGAUGGACCGACACCCGUAUCGGCCGGCCCAUAUACACCUGAUUGUCUUGGUCGAAGGCUACAAACCCAUUACCACGCAGAUCUUCGACAAGAAAAGCAAGUACCUGGACAACGACUCCGUUUUUGCGGUCAAGGAUUCGCUUAUCGUGGAUUUUGUGCCACGAAAGGGCGACGACAAAGCGCAGUUGGAGCUCCAUUACGACAUCAACAUGGCGCCCAUCAGCGCCAAGGGCGAAUCUGGCCCUGAGAACGGCUUGGUGACUGUACAAACCGGCCAAGGGUUCUAGCUGGCAAGUCACGAUUUCUGUUUGUAUAUCUGUUGGAUGUAGUCUUGUGGUGCCGGAGGUGAUGGGUUAUGAAGUGUCGAGCUUUAAGCGAGCCGUUGUUCAAGUUUGCUGGUAAUUGAAAUGAAUGGAAUGAAUCUUGAAUGCUGCUUUGUACCUAGGUAUUGAACGCAACUUGAAGCUUAAAAAUCUGUAGACUCCAAUUGGUGCCAGCGGAAGCACAAAACACGAACCGAGGCACGGGGGCGUCUAGUCUGAAAUAGUCAAAGGGCGCUCUAGGCCGUCUUUGCUCCGUCG